AUGGCAUCCUCUACGCAAGAAGGCGGGCCCCUCAAAUUCGAAGAGAUCCCAGCGUCUGAUGUCUCGUGUGAUUUCAUUGAGCCUUCUGAAGUCUACGAGUCGAUUGAGCGCGUCAAGGCGGCGGGCCAGCGCGCGCAUAAGGACUUUUUACUGGUGGAUGUGCGUAGGACUGACUGGGAGGGUGGUACGGUUGCCACGUCUGUGAAUUUCCCGGCUCAGUCAUUUUAUCAAACUCGAGGGGCAGUGUAUCAACUCUGCAAGCAGGCUGGGAUUAAAAGGGUUAUAUUCUACUGCGGGAGCUGCGGCACUCGAGGGCCGAAAUGUGCAGGCUGGUUCCAAGAGUACCUCGAUUCGGUUGGCGAGGCUGAGAUGAAGGCCGUGAUUCUCAGGGGAGGCGUCAAGGGAUGGCAGAAGACGUACAACGGCCAGUUGAUGGAUUAUUAUGAUCCGGGCGCCUGGGGUUCACAAAGCAAGUAG